AAUCCAGCCGUUAUCUCCCUGAACUGUGGAGCGAGUGACGGUAAAUCCAUUUUCCUCAGUGUGGUGAGUCAGUGUCCUCUGUAGCAGUGGCAGUAACUCUCAGGUCCCAGACUUUCAAAUCCAAUUCAUAAACCAUGGCCAAGGACAUGACUCUGCUGUGGGGCACCGGCUCUCCCCCCUGCUGGAGGGUGAUGAUCGCUCUGGAGGAGAAGAACCUGCAGGGCUACAACCAGAAACUACUCUCCUUUGACAAAAUGGAGCACAAGUCCCAACAAGUGUUAGAUCUAAACCCAAGGGGACAGGUAGGAAGUAGCCUUAAUCAUCAUUUAACUGUUGAAUAUUAGUUAAACAGGCCCCCUGGAAACAACAUAAAGACGCGUGCAUAUCAAUUGUAAAGCUUUUAGCAGCUGCUCGUGCAACCUGCAACCCCACUUCACCAGAUCCCAUUUAAAACUCGAUCUAUAUCGACUUUAGCAGCUUCUUGAUAUGGUUGUUCACCUGCUGGGACAUGUAUGAGCACUGAAGACGCAUAACCUGAGUAUAUCCUCCAAUUCGGCGUAUUUAAUAUUCACCAAGCUGCUUUUUAACAAACUCAUAAUAAUUAUAAUAACUUAAUGAACUUGCAAAUGUUCAGUAGAGGGCGACUAUGACCAAACAAAUGAGAGUAGGUUCACUACUGUCAUGCAGAGCUGAGCCUUCAAGUGUCCUUAAAAGACCUUAUUAUGUCAUUGUGAGCAAUUAAUCGACACGAUAAGACAAAAUUGAUCGAAUUUUAAGGGCGACCAAAAAAUUGUGUGAACUACAAAGCUUGAAUAGCCAAAGUUCAUUCACUAUAAAACCUUCAUUUGUACACAAGAGUAAGCCAAAAUCACCACUGCUGAGUUCCAUACACAAUCAUUAAGUUCCAAGUGAGUACCAACCGGUAUUUCAAUGUUAAAAAAUAAUUUAAAUGGGGUAAAAUCAAUGGCUAUGUAUUGACUUUUAGCACAACUAUUGUCUUGAAGAGCAAAAUAUAGUAAAGUCAAGUAGUAAGAUAUGUGAAAAUAGCUUCAGAGCAGAUGGAGAAUUUGUGUUAGUGUUGAUUUUGGCGCCACCUGCUGGUAAAGAUUUAUAUUGGCUUUUGUCCUUAACAUUGAAAGGUGGUGUUUUAUAAAAAUAAAUACCACCCUUCUGUCUUUCCCAAGUUGGAUGUGUCACUUUUUUGAAUAUUUACAGUUAAUGUCACUUUUGUUGCUGGUUGUUUUAUCUACUUUUGUAGGUUAUUAUGGGGCAUCAUCUCAAUGACAACCUGUUAAAAAGUCCCCACAAUUGAUUUAAAGGAGUGGUUAUCAGUGGAAAACAUUAUUGAUAUCUUUAGGUUGGAUAAAUAAGCUGGGAUCCUUAGAAAAAAUACUUAAAAGACAUGCUUUAUCAUAGACAUCAGGUCAAAUAAAAUGAAUGGAUGCAUAGAAGAAAUGUUAUUGCGAGCCAGUUUUUGUUUACUAUGAAACCAUGUGUGAUACAGCUCAACAGUUCCUCUUAAUUGGCUCCCAGUAGCAUUAAAACACGACAUAUGCUGAUAAUGCUGAAAGCCAGUUACACCUUCACCAGCUUGCCCUGCUCACAUAUAAUCAAACCUGUUAAAUUUUUCAGCUUCCCACCUUCAAACAUGGGGAUACUGUUGUGAACGAAUCCUAUGCAGCCUGCUUUUACCUUGAGGUGAGUGAGCCGGUCCACAAACUUAAAAACUUCUAUUCAACAAGCAUCUUUACAGGAACUACAUAAUGAUUCUUCCUCCCAUAAAUGUUUUUGAAUUUUCUCCUCAUAUGACAGAGUCAGUUCAAGUCCCAGGGAAACAAACUUAUCCCAGAUGGACAGAAAGAGCAAGCACUUAUGUACCAACGCAUGUUUGAGGGUCUCACCUUCUACGAAAAACUCAGUAAGACAAGACAGAGUCUUUUCUCUAAACAAAACCUCAGUGUCACUCAGUGUUGUCUUUGAAUAAUAAAUCUCUAUGUUUGAAAAUACUACACUUAAGGGCAUGAUCGUAAACCCUGUGUUUGUUCUCGCCUCAUCAUAUUGACCUACCUUUUGUGUGUUCCUUAGCUGCAGUCAUCUACUAUGAGUGGUUCGUCCCUGAGGAAGAGAGGCAUGACUCAGCUCUUAAGAGAAACAAGGAGGCUCUAACCGCUGAACUCAAGCUUUGGGAGAGUUACCUGGAGAAGGUAGAGUUUGUGCUGAAGAACAAACACAAAGCUUCUCGUUCGCAUCAUCUAAAAAUAUGGAGCACAGAGUUCCUAGACCACGAUUAUGACACCUUCAGUUUGGCAUUAAUAGUUGCCUUAGCAAGAAGUCCCUUUGUGCAGAGAGAGAGAAGGUUUUGGAAGUUUUGGUAGAGGCUGACAGUAUUUUUUUACAAGUAACACAAACAAAGUAGUUUUGCAAUAAUCAGUCUCUUCAGCAAAUAAGUUAUGUUAUGUUAAAUAUUCAUCACAAUAAAGCCGUGAGCUACACAGUAAGUCAUAUUAUAUGCCAAAUGCUUCCUUGAGUCCCAUAAAUAUGAAGACCUCUAGGAGGACAAUUUUAGUGAUUGAGUUAGUCAAAGUGAUGGCAGACAGUUUGAAGUACCUGUCUGUCACUAAAAGUAAUAACCCUCUGACUUGUAAAUAGAAAUGUAAGCUACAGAGACAUAAACUGUGUAGUGUCUGCACUUCUAAAUGGGUCCCAGUGAAGAUUCUCUCACUCAUAGAGUCCUUUUCAGAUGAAAACUCUUUGACCUGCUGUUUUUUGUUCAACACAUUUGCUUCAUUUACUGCUUGAUCAGAGCAUUGAUUAUCUCUCUUCUUCUGUAUUUGUCACCUCUCUCUCCAGCUGGGUCCUAAUACCUACCUGGCAGGACCAGCCUUCACUCUGGCAGAUGUGACUGUUUUUCCAACAAUUGGCACCAUCUUCAGAUAUGGGUAAGCAAAAGAAAGCUUAAUCGUUCCCUGUAAGACAUUAGGUACGUGACCAUGUUCUUCUUCACGUGUCCUCCUUUCUUCUGUCCUGUAUAGGCUGUCUGCGGAGCGUUACCCCAAUCUGGGAGCGUACCACGCUCUGAUGAAGGAACGGCCCAGCGUCAAAGCCAGCUGGCCUCCUCACUGGCUGGAGAACCCUAAGGGAGACGACUCACUCAAAGACCUCUGAUAAUCUGAGCACUUCACCGUCACAUUAGCCUGCAGCGAUUUAUGUUUCCAUAAAAAUAUUUUGGCUUGAUAUGAUUUCCUUUGACAGUUUGCAAAAUGUGAUAAAACCCUCUUAUUCUUUGACUCUAAAAAGGGAAGAAUAUGUUGAGAGUGUUCGUGUUAUUGUUAAAUAUCAGUGUUCUUAAAAACAGAGUUAAACUCAGAUUUCUGAUUCCCUCCAGUGAAUACACUCGUCCACUGACAGAUAUGCAGAGCGCAGUGUUUGCAGUAUUCAGGCUGCAGGCAUCAAGACACCUUGUGACACUGUUUACAUGGCAACUUUCGCUACUAAUAACUGGCCUGUAUAAGUGACACCAGUCUGUGUUGACUAAUACAUGCACUAACUACCAAAACACUGCUUUUAGCAUUUGUGAAGGUUUCAUUUGAAGUCAAUCAUUUAAGUUAGAAAGACUGUUAACGGACCCCGUAAUGUAACCUGAAGCUUGCACUAUGUAGGAAGUUUAACAUACUCUGGUGCUUUUAUGAGAGGUGAUCUCUUAUCUCAAACCUAACCUGCUCUGGAGCCGGUUAGGUGUGCAGCGUGGUGAUUUACCCUGAUAUGAAGUUCCACCUUUGUUGACCUUAAAACCAGACUAACCUUAAGAUUCCCUCUCUGACUGUUAAUCCGUCUCUGUAUAUUGUAGGCUAACGCCAAUAUAUGCCAAUAUUAAAACACAGUAAAAUGCAGGCUGUGUAAAAGGUUUAGUGGUAGGUAGGUCAGGUAAGAAGUCCUCACUGUUUAUUGUUUAAACACCGAUAUUGUGAUCAAGCCUUGGAAAGCAUUGUCAAAUAAAAAAGGUGGGCGGUUUCUUGAGGACGUGA